GCGUGCUAUAAAAUACUUUGAUUUUUGCAAUUAAUUAAUAUUUUUAUUGAGUGAGAGACUCCUUAUAUAGCCUCACAACACAUAUAUUUUCACAUAAAGAUAAAAACAUUAUACUACAAUUCAAGUUUCAAUUGAUCCAUGGCUUUGUCGAUCGCAGUAACGCCUUCUUCCAAUUCUCGCAUGCCGAGAACCGCCGUCCUCCGCCGAGCCGUGCGAUGCAGCUCCGCCGCCUCCGUUCCGACUACUCAACCCGACCUCCGGAAUUAUUGGACGUCUCUGAUUAGCGACGUGGAUCGGAAACUGAACGAUGCGGUGCCGUUGAAGUAUCCGGAACUGAUUCAUGAAUCCAUGCGCUACUCGCUUCUCGCGAAAACGGCCAAGAGAGCGCCGCCGGUAAUGUGCAUCGCCGCCUGCGAACUCUUCGGCGGCGACCGCGCCGCCGCGAUCCCCACCGUCUGCGCACUUGAAAUGGUGCAUGCUGCUUCUUUUGUUCACGACGACUUGCCCUACAUAGACGAUGCCCUAUCCCGACGAGGCCAACUACCCAACCACACAUUAUAUGGUCCAGACAUGGCAAUUUUAGCCGGAGACGCAUUGCUCCCUCUUGCCUUUCAGUACAUUGUUCUGCACACUCCAACUCAACUCGUCUCGCAGCUCGACCUCCUUCGAGUCGUGCAGGAGAUUGCUCGAGCCGUCGGCUCCACCGGAAUGGCGGCCACUCAAUUUAUUGGUGAGAACAAAUUUGGCGAGCUAGGGCGGUGUUCCGCCGUGUGCGGUGCCUUGCUCGGCGGCGCCUCAGAUGAGGAGAUUGAGCGGUUAGGUGAAUAUGGUCGGAUUGUGGGCAUUUUGUACCGAGUGGUGGAAGAUAUGUUGGAAGGUAAGAAGGUGAAUAUUGGUGUGGUUGAGGAUCUCAAGUCUCGAGCUAGGAAAGAGUUAUAUAUGUUUGAGAAAUACGGUGACAAGGUUUUGCCGUUACAUACUUUUAUCGAUUAUGCCGCAGAAAGGGUGUGAGAAUUCUUAGUAUAUUGUACUGUAUUUUCAUAUGAUGUGUAGUAACGAAAUGUAACAUAAAAUUUCAUAUUAGGAAAUUUGUGAUAUUAAAUUUGUGGUAACUUCAUUUCUUA